CGUGUCUACGGAAGUAACGAAGGCGGAAGUAGGCAAUAUAGUGAUGCUUACCUAUGUUUAGGCAUUUAUUCCUAAAUACACCCGGUGGAUUUGCUGGAUAAUUAAUCUCUUCUCUGCGAUUGACGUUUUGUGGAGGUGUCUGUGAUUCCGCGGCAGAAUGGAGGACACAAACCCUGAGUCUGCGAUGUCUCCGGCAGGACAGAGUUCUGGCAAAUCCAAGCUGGACACACUGUCUAAAGAAGAUCUGAUAAAGUUUGCCAAGAAACAGAUGGUGGCAAUGCAGAAGAUCAAGUCAAAAUGCACAGAUCUAGAGAAGCAGGUUGAAGAGUUAAAACAUCCUACAAGUGGCACGUCAGACUCCUCAGUUAUCCAGGAACUGACUGAGCGAAUGGAUGCAGUUCUUCUGGAAAAAGCUGAGAGCCAACAGAGCCUUACGUUACUGCGCAAAGAACAUGAGGAGUUGAAAAAACAAGCACAGGAGACAGUGGAAAGGCUAGCAGCUCUUGAGGAGGAGCUAGACUUAAAAAAUAAGGAGUAUGCAGAAAUGCAGAAACACACAGCUGAGCUCACUGCAAACCUCAAGGCAACCUGCACUGAAUAUGAGACCAAAAUAUCUCAAACUCAAGAAGAGCUGGCAGAAGCCAAGCGCCAGUGGAUGGCAGCGACGGAGGAUCUCAAAGACUCUCACCAGAUGAGCCUCACCGAAUCCCACCAGGAGAUCGAGAACCUUCAGAAAGAAAUCGAAAAAAUGACCAAACAGUACGAAGAUGACGUGCGAUACUUGGAGGAGCAGCUGGAGGUGAACACGGCAGACUUCGAGAGGGAGCGAGAGCGGCUGCUUCUGCUCCAGGAAGAGCUUUCAGAGCAGCUGGCGCUAAAGGAGGGCUUCCUGCAGGACGUCCAGGAGGAAGAAGAGGACACGAAUAGAGCAGGGCCUCCAAAACAUUCACCAAGCGCCAAGACGUCAGACUUCCCGGCAUCAGACGACUCGAGUGACGAGGGCGGCAUGCUGAAAUUGGCACUGGAGGAUUUGCAGUCUCAAAACAUGAUGCUUCAGGAAGAGCUCGUAUUUCUGCGAAAUGUGAAAGUGGAGCUGGAGUCUGAGCUGAAGCAGGUGCGAGAGGAGUUCACCGUGGAAAAGGAAGAAAUGGAGUUCAGGAUCAAUGAGCUUCAGAUGCACAAAGACAAUGGUGACACAUCUGUGGACAGAGGUGAGGAGAGCGUCUCUGAAGAACCCCAAACCUUACAAGAGUCCCUCAAUGAUGACCUGAAGGAAACCUGCUCUAGUGCUGAAACAGAAGAAACGCAGCAAGACGGAUGCUCUGCUCCUUCUGAAGAUGGCAGCACAACAGCCAACACGUUUGAGCAGACUAUGAGCGUCAUCACAGAUCAGGACGUGGAUCUCAGAGACAGAGCAGAGCACUUUAUAAAGCAGUACAGAGCCAUGAAGGAGCACACGGCUGCAUCGCUUCAGGGUCUGCAGGAGAAACUCAAGAGCGUCUUCCAGGAGAGGGACCGAUUGUUGGAGGAGAUUAGAAAUGCAGAAGAAACAUCAGACCCAGCAGCGGAGGGGCUGAAGAUGUCUUUUGAGGACCUAAGGAACAAAAAUGAAGAUAUCCUAGUGAAUCUACAACACAAGGAGGCUCUUGUUGUAGAGUUUAAGGAGAUGCUGAAGUUCAUGGCGUCUGAGUCAGAGCACGAGCAGAUCAGUAACUUGGAGAAUCAACUGUCCUCCAUGACCGAGGAGAAGGAUGAGCGCAUAAAGACUCUUGAGGAGGACAUCACUGCUCUUCAAGCCAGACAGGAGGAGUGUCAAGACACCAUCAAACUUCUCCAGUCUCAGAUCACGAGUCUGUCCGAAGAGAAAGACGCCCUUCAGCGAGACAUGGACGCUAAUCAGAAACAUCUCUCUGCCAUUCAGUGCCACAUCAGUGAAAUCCUCAAGCAGAAUUUCUCUGAGACUGAGGUGGAUGGCACGUCUGAUAUCGCCACCCUCAUAGACGGUCUCUGGAAUAAAGCCCAGGAGGAGAAAGCGGUUUUAAGCCAGCAGCUGGAUGAGAGAGUGGAGCACUUCACCGCUGAGCUGGAGAGCGUGAGGCAGUCGGGUGAGGAGCGGGCGGCUGAGCUGGAGGCGCGGAUCAACGACCUCCUCCGGGAGAAGGACCUGCUGAAGGCCAGUCUGGAUGAUGUGGUGUUAGACACAGAGGGACUGCAGAAGGACCUGAGAGAAAUGCAAGCCAUGAAUGAAAAGCUGAGGGCAGAAAACCACAGUCUGCUCACUCAAGUGGCUGACUUGAGCAGGAGUUUAGAGGAAAAAGAAAAGGAGUCGCCAGAGGAAAAAGAAAAAGAGUCGCUGGAUGAAAGCGAUCCGCUUCACAAGGCCAGCGAGCUCCAACAGGUUCUUGCUGACAAAGACACUCUGAUAUCUCAGCUCAAAGAAGAAGUCGGACACUUACAGAUGUGCAAAGAGUCGUUGGUGUCUGAUGGAAAUGAACAAACGAAAGAGUUAUCUAAUGAAAUUGAAAUACUGAAGAAAGAAAGCAAAGACAAGGAUGAACGCAUGAACAAAAUCAAAGCUGUUGCUGUGAAGGCUAAAAAGGAACUGGACAACAGCAAGAAAGAGGCUGUCUCUCUGAGAGAGGAAGUGGACCAGCUGAAGGCUGAACGAGACAAAUUAUCUCGAUCUAUGAAGGACAUAAUCCACGGCGCAGAGGACUAUAAGAACCUGAUGGUGGAUUAUGACAAGCAGACUGAGCUGCUGGAUCAGGAGAGGGAGAAGCUGGAACAGGCCAAUAAACACAACGAAGAUUUAACCAAACGCCUUCAAAAUGCAGUUCAGCAGCACGAGCUGCUGUCAUCAGAGCGAGAGGAUCUUAUGGCCCGUAUUGAGACGCUGCAGAAUAACGUCACCCUGCUGGAGUCGCAGAUACUGGAGAUGCAGAAGCUGAAAUGUGGGCUGGAGCGAGACCUGGAGGCAGAAAGGCUUUUAAGAGAGCAGAAGUCUAAGGACCAUCAGUCUGCAGUCAAGGAGGUGGAGGAGCUUCAGACUCAGCUCAGCAAACACAAACAGCAGCUGCAGCAAACCGCUCAGGAGCUUGAGCAGCUACGAAAGGACGCUCAGCAGAGCACACUGUUGGACAUGGAGAUGGCGGACUACGAGAAACUGGUGAAAGAGCUCAAUCACAAACUCUCUGAGAAAGACAAGCAGAUGGAGGAGCACGAGAUGCACAUACAGACACAGAAAGAACGAGAGCAACGUCUGAACGAGGAAAUCGAGUCUCUGAAGCUGCUGGUGGAUCAGACAGAAGACAAAGCCUCCAGGAUGAAACAACUGCUGGUCAAAACCAAAAAAGACCUGGCGGACGCAAAACAGAAAGAAGCGGCGCAGAUGAUCUCCCAGUCUGCUCUGAGAGGAGAUCUGGAGGCCCAUCAGCAGCAGCUGGAGGAGCUGAAGAUCCAGUGCAGUGAGCUGACGGCCGAGCGCCACCGGCUGCAGGAGCAGCUGAAGCUGAUGAACGAGCAGCACCAGCGGACGUCCAGCUCAUAUCAGCUCAGUCUGAGCGCGCUGCAGGACGAGUGCACGGCCGCUAAGGCUGAUCUUGCGACAACGGUGUCAGAGUUCGAGAGUUAUAAGGUGCGAGUCCACAAUGUCCUCAAGCAGCAGAAACACAAGAGCUCAGCCCAGAGCGACGGCGACGCUUUCAAACAGGAGAGGGAGCACAUGGAGGCCAUGGUGGAGCAGCUGCGUAGCCGCCUGCAGGAGACGCAGCAGAGCCUCCAGUCCAGCACGUCAGAACUGCAGCAGCUGCAGGUGGAGCAUGACAUGCUGCUGGAGCGACACAACAAGAUCCUGCAGGAGACCGUCAGCAAAGAGGCUGAGCUGAGAGAGAGGCUGCUGUCGCUGCAAUCUGAAAAUGUUGCCCUGAAGUCUGAACACGGCCAGUGCGCAUCUCAUCUAAGCACCCAGAUCGAGGCGCUGCGCGGCAGCUUCCGCGAGCAAACGCGCCACCUGCAGGACGAGCACUGCAGCACCGUGGAGACGCUGCAGCAGCAGAUCAGCAGGCUGGAGGCCCAGCUCUUCCAGCUGCAGAAAGAGCCCGUCAGCACAGGCGCAGUGCUGGUGCAGCAGAGCAGGAAGAGUCAUACGGACAGGAAGCCUGAUGUUCCUCAGGUGGAUCUGCAGGGAAUGGCUAGAGAGGAGGGAGAGGGGAUGGAGACCACCGAGACAGAAUCGCUGUCGUCCAGCGGGACCACACAGCCCUCUCUGGAGCAGCUCCUCACCACCGCAGACCUCAAACACGAGCCUGCUGUCUGGCACAUGGAGCCCAGUAAAGAGGAGCUGACUCAGAAGCUCAGCACUGCCGCCCGCAGCGUGGAUCACCUGAACAGUCUGCUGCACGAGACCGAGGCCACGAACGCUGUCCUGAUGGAGCAGAUCAAUCUCCUGAAGAGUGAGGUGCGUCGACUCGAGCGCAAUCAGGAGCGCGAGAAAUCCGUGGCCAACCUGGAGUACCUUAAAAACGUGCUGCUGCAGUUCAUCUUCCUGCGCUCGGGCAGCGAGCGGCAGGCUUUACUUCCUGUCAUUCACACCAUGCUGCAGCUGAGCCCGGAGGAGAAGAGCAAGCUGGCUGCCAUCGCUCAAGGUGAGGAGGAGUCCGCGCUCUCACGGGGAUCAGGCUGGACGUCGUAUCUGCACAGCUGGUCAGGCAUCAGAUGAAACAAGGACUUGCCCGCACCUCAGUCACACACUGACCUCAGUCCAGCGUCCGGCCGUACAGCAGCAGGAAUCCUCCAGUCAGGACGCACAAGCGCUGGAGGACGAGCUGCUGCCCGGUCAGAGUCUCAUAGCAAUCCAUAUCAGCAGUUCAUCUCCACAUCAGUGCCGCCUUAUUUUUCAACCUGUCAGUCCUAAUGGGAUUUUUUGCUUUGGGUUAUUGAAGAUUAUUUUGUGCUGUGAAAUCAUACAUGGGAACUGUUGAUCAUAUUUAUCGUAUUUUAAUGUAAAUUAUAUCAUUAUCAUUUUUCCACAAAUUGUCUUAUGGCUGUGUUGUUCUUUGUAAAUCUCAUGUCCAUGAGAGAUUUAAGGUUCGUUGAAUGAACAUUCACAUGAAGGAAUGUAAAUACAGGGUAUCAGUCUCAGAUCUGUCAGAGAAAAUCAUCUAAUUAAACUUCUUUGA